AUGACUGAAACACUGCUAGGAUUUUUAAAGUAUAUAAAAGGCUCAUAUACAGGUGGAGAGCUGUUUAAGUCCUCCCGUUUGCUGAUCGUUUGCGGUAAUGAAAGCGCCGAUCUCGACUCCGUCGUUUCGGCCGUCACGUAUGCCUAUUUUAGCUAUAUAAGAGAUCCUAGCGUACAGGUGGUACCCGUGGUCAACAUUUUGAGAGCAGAUCUAAAUUUACGCAGAGAUAUUGUCUGGGUCCUGAAAAAGGGUAACAUUCCACACAAUUUACUGUAUUUCCACGAGGACCUGCAGGAUAUGCGUAAACGGUUUAAAGGACCAAUAGAGGCAAUUCUGGUAGAUCACAAUGAGUCACAAAGUCUCGCCAAAAAAGUGGUAGACUCUGUAGUCGGAAUUAUCGACCAUCACGAAGAUUUAGGACUUCACAAAGACAUACCUGAGCGCCGUAGUGGACCUCGUAUUGUCACGCCAGCUGGAAGCUGCUCGUCUUUAGUAUUCAAUUUCUGGAACGAAAUGUUUAAAAGUGCAGGUGGAGCUAGAAUUGGCCCCGAUGCCUUGUCGUUGUGUUUGGGAGCUUUACUCAUCGACACAAGCAACAUGGCAUACAAAGUGGAGCAUCCUGAUCGUGAAGCUCAUGCAACUUACACGAGUUUGCUUCCAAAUGUCGAUUUCCAAGUCUAUUUCGAUCAAAUUCGCCAGGCCAAGGACGACAUUGCUGGACUUUCAUUGCGCGACAUUUUGCGAAAGGACUAUAAAGAAUUCGUAUUUUCCCAAACACAAGGUUCUUUGAAAUGUGGAUUUGCCUCCGUUGUUAAACCAUUUGGAUGGAUUCAUACACAGUUUCCUGAUCAACAAAUUGUAGAAGCGUGUGAGAAGUUUGUGGACGAGAGAGAGUUGGAUAUACUGGUGAUUUUAACGAGCUGGACGGAUUCAAAGGGACAAUUUCAACGGCAACUUGCUCUUUAUGCAAAGGAACGGCCAAGCAUUGAGGUCUCUUCUAAAAUUGCCGAAAGGAUAACGACGAUUUUGAAGUUGCAACCUAUCCAAAUUCUGGACGCCUCCUGUGAGAACUGUUCGUUUUUCGCUCAAUUGAAUACUAACGCAAGUCGUAAGCAGGUAGUUCCAUAUGUCCAAGAAGCAUGUAAAACUUUGUAA